AGCAGUGCUAGGGCGAUCCCCUCAGUCGACGGAUCGGUCGCGAUACGACCCGUCUCGCGUCGGCCUUUGCCUCGAAAAUAAACACGAACGAAAAAAAAAUAUUGUCUAUGCUCGCGUCAAUAAAACAAAAACAUUCAAAAUUUAAACCAGGUGAAUUAAUGUGCGGAUUAAAGGCGGGAAAGUGCACCGAUUAAAAAAAUUAAAAAUGACUUGAUUGUGAACAUCCAGGAACAUCCUGAUUUUUAGUACUGCAGCCAAAACUAAACAGUGAAAGAGACGGCACGUGCCCGAAUAUAAACCGACUAAGUGUAAACUUAUUAGUGAUUUAAUGAGUGCGAGCGAGAGCCACGUGGCAAGUAUCCAAGAUGAAUCUAAUGUUUCGGAAGAACUUCACGACGGAGAAGACGGUUUCGACGAGCAGUGGGGGGGGCAAGGCGAAAGGAGCGCUGGGCGCGGGCAGGAACGCGAAGCGACGGGCCGGGGAACGCUACUCGUGCAUGGAGGAACACCACUACAGGACCCACCUGUUCUUCUCGGCACCUCGGGCCAGCGCGCAGUAUAACGAUGGCUCAGGUAACUCCGGAAAACGAUGUGGUCCAGUCAUUGGCGGCGGUACGGGCCCGGAUACGGAGCCCCCGCAGCCCCUCGUCACGCGGGAGCCCACCGUCUCGCUCAUGCGCUGGGAGAAGCCGGCGGCCUCGGAGCGGCGGCGCACGGAGCCGGUGUCGCUCGCUACCCUGGAGAGAGACUGCUUCGUGAUCCCCGCGCAUGCGCUGGACCGGUUCCUGCCUGAUGGUGUGCCACUGCCAGUCCCUCCGCCAACGCCAGAAAAGGGGAUGCACACAAAAACUGCCCAAAACUCCCUCAGCGUCCUCGAAGUGGCUGAUCCGAAGCUUUGCAUUCUGGCACACCUGAUGAGUCCCUUAGAACCCAUAGAGCCUAUCCUAGAAUCUCCACUUGCCAAACCUAUCAUGAAACAGAAAACUGCCGCUGGGGAGCUACUCAACGAUGUGGCUCACGCGAACACCGCUGUAGGAGGAAUGCUGUUGGCCAAUAUGGAGAAGAACGCGGAAUUCCCAUUCAUAUCGUACUAUGUGAUAAACACAACGCAAACGGACCCGUUGCUGUUCUAUAAUAAUAUGAGAAGUGCCUCACUGUCAAAAUUCGAUCCAAAAACUAUUAGGUAUUCCGCUGCUCACACGCUGGAUUUGUAUAGUGAAGUGGCGAUGAUAUGCCGACCGCCUUUCAGCGAUCUAGCCGGUGGACCAAAGAAGUCGCACACGCCCACCACGGGGUUCAUCAUUAGUGUUUAUAAGGUUUUCGAAGGCGACGACGGAGAACGCUUCGAAAGAAACUGGCUGUACUGGACGGGAGCCAGGAUGCUGUACCGCCAUCUUCCCCACUCGGUGGGCAUGAGGAAGAUCGCCUUACACAAAUCAGUCGCGUCCCACGGCGACAAGAUGUACUUGUUGGUCUGCGAGUGUGCCAACUUGUUGGACGACUUGUCGGGCGCCGCCAUGUUGAUUACUGCGUUGCGAGCGAGGUUGUGCGGUUACACGGGGCUUUAUAGACCUAUCCAGACUUUCUAGUAGAGGGGGUUCCCGUAGGGGCCUUCUUUUAGCAAGAGUUUAAAAUAAAAAGCGUUUAACUAGGACCACAAAUUAAUAAAUUUCGCGCUCACUGCGCUCGUGCAGUCGUUUGAUCUUGUUGUAUUCGUUUUAUAAUAACGGAGCUAAGAUAAUAUUUUCGUAUUAGUACGAACAUACAAAGUAGAGGGCGUUAUUACUUUGUUAAUUUUAUACUUAAAUUAACAAGAAAAAACAUAUUGUUGUUCUUAUUAUUGCGUAAAGGUAAAUGCCUAAAUUGCAUGGCCUCAGACGGGCCGGGAAUAUUAGAAUGUGAAUGAAGGUGUGAACUAGAUAUAAAUCUUACUUAUCGUGAUGAAAAUAAAAUAGUUAAACACUUUUUAUAUUUAAACGUAUGAAUAGUUAACGCCGUGGUAGGUCGGAGAGUUUGUAUUUUGUAGGUUUAAGGGAGCACCACAUUAAUGUUAAAAUAGGAUCGACCUGGGAUUGACGAGCUUCAGAAAUGGAAGUGAUUUGUUCAAUAUUAUAGAUUCGCUAAAUAGUUGAUAGAUUAAGUACAAUAACUCUUCGAAAAAAUCGUACCUACUGUACAAAUUUUGCUGUCGAUUGUUUUGCGUCGUUUUUUUGCUAGUUGGGACGGCAACGGCAAUAUUACUCUAAUUUUUUUAUUACUUUAUUAUAAACUAGGAUAAAAAUAAUGACGUAAACUGA